AUGGCGGUUGGGAUUUAUCCACCUGAAAAAUCGCUUCACAACCUUUCUACACCAGUUAUAACCAUGAAGGGCUUCUUGAAAGGUUUAAGAUACUUCACACAUAUAUUUGAAGAAGAGAAAGAACCAGAAAUGCAAAUUGGUUUUCCAACAGAUGUAAAGCAUGUCGCUCACAUUGGAUGGGAUGGUCCUUCUGCUAAUUCGCCAAGCUGGAUGGGUGAAUUUAAGGGUCCAGAGCUGUCAACUGAAUCUUUAAGUUCAGGGGAAAUGAAGCAUAAUCCCCCACUCAAGUUGUCAUCGGAAGGGAUAAAUGGGAGUGAUCAGAAUGGAUUAAUAAUUCAUGAUUCAUCAUCACUUCCUCCAAUUCAAAACGAAAAGCAGAAGCAUAAAUCAAGGCGCAAAUCAUCAAGUACUGGAAAUGGCUCCCCACUAAAUUCUCCAACCAGACGGAGUUCCUCUGACGCACCAAAGCAAUCCAGGCGCAGUCGAGGUUCAAAUAUCUCCAUGGAUUCACCAAGCAGAGACCCCAGCAGUCGCCAUGCUCGACGGCAACAUCACUCCUCCGGCGCCGGCACCGACUCACCUUCCCAUGACCCGCCGGCCAUCCCCAAGCACUCUCGUCACAAGAAGUCUAAGGGAUCCACCGGCGAUGACUCCACCAAGUCCUCAAGAUCUAAAGAUUCCAAAGACAGCGAUGAUUGCAGUUUCAACGGAAUAGAUCAGUAA